GUUACAACUAAACGUAAAAACCCGCGUUAAACUUAAGUUUUAAAUAUUAUUUCAUUUGUAGUGCCUAUCGUACACGUAUUGUUUGAGGCUAUAUACAUGUUCGCACUUGUAUGCUGCUGAAAUGUGGAGGUUUACUCAAAAUGUUGAGAACUAUUUUAUUUUCAGUUUCAUUAUGUUUCAGUUACGUUGAACCAGCCCAGUGACUAGCGAAUAUAUUAAAUAAUUUGAGAACGAGCAGGAAACCAGUCUGACAGUGAAAGCUCAAACUCAUCGGCUGGUACUUUGUAUGCGAAACCAUAGCAGAUCUUUGAGGCCAGCGAGGAGCGGCUAGGAUGGGCGGGGAGAGCGACAACACGCCACAGCAGGGAAGCAAAGCGGACAGAUAGUGUCAAGUCUCGUUCUGGAAGUGAGUUUCAGAAAACUUGUUAGAGUUCAUGUCACCGUACACAAUUCGUGACGAUACAUGAGAGAAACAAAACGAAAUGACAGCUGAGUGUUUGUUCUCGGAUUCUAAAUUUAAGCGUGACAUCACAUGGUGCCCACAGCUUCCUUCUCCUCAGACCGUCGCCAUCGGUGACGUGUGCAGACAGCCCUGGUGACGUGGCCUUCAGUGGUGGUGACAUCAUGUCCGUUGUCGUGGAACCCGGAGAGGAGGUCCUGAGCUGGCUGGAAGGCCUCCGCCUGUCGCAGUACGCUGGCUGCUUCCUGGAGGCGGGCUGCCUCCGGCUCGAGGACUGCGUCGGGCUGACCGACGAGAGGCUCCUGGAGGUCGGGGUGUUCCCCACGGGUCACCGCCGAAGGAUCCUGCGCAGCUUGGAGUCGUUGGGGGCGACGGGCUCCCCAGAGACAGGGGCGCAGAGGGUUAAACCCAUCCCCAAACCGAGGCGCGUCUUCCUGAAGGACAGGAAGCGAGCCACGAUCGGCCAGCACCAGCCAGCACGGACGGAGGUGGAGCCUCAGCCGGAGAGUCAGGCACUGACACUGCCGCUAGGGGUGGGGAUAGGGGCGGGGCUGGAGGAGGAGGAGUUUGGGCUGGAGUCCGGGGAGGCCCCAAAAGAUCCGUCGGUCGCCCAAGAUUGCCCUGAGGUAAUGCAGGCAUCCAGCUCCAGCAGCUCGGACUCACUGAAUGCCUCCUCCCCUUCUGAACAAGCCUCAGACAGGGAGACUUCCCCCGAAGGCCCCGCCCCUUCCAUCCCACCGGGAUUCCAGGGGACUAUGGUGCUCAAUGAAAUCUAUGAUGAGGGCUGGAGCACCAAUGGCACACCCUGCCCCAAUCCCAAACCCCGCCCCACUCGUUCCUACAAACUGAGACACCGACCAGUGCCGGAGAUUCCCAGCCACACUGUACUGCCCCCUGCAGACAGGACCCUGCGAAAGCACGGCGACCCUCAUGCACAGCCGCGCACCAGCACCGAGAGCCCCACCGGUUUAAACACUAGGCGAAAAGCUCCACUGGUAAGAACUCUAUCUCCCAUCUGUCCUUAUGGGGAAACGUUUCUGUAUAACAACCCAGAAAGCAUAUUGGAUUUUGGCACAAAGGAACUGCUUAAGAAUAAAAUCUCCGACAAGAUACAGCACAAGAAAUUACGGAAGAAGUACAAAACGAGGGGUUCGGGGAACGGGGCCGCGCGCCGCGCGGAGGCCCCGAGCGCGGGAGCGCAGGAUCUCCCGGAGGACGAGUACUCCACCGUGGAGGAGUGCAACAGCGCUCUGAAAAGAAUGAGGGAGGAGCGGAAGAAUGCAGCCGCUUCGCCGGCCCCCGGCCCGGGACCCGAGUCUUUCAGCGAGCCCUACUCCCUGGUGCAGCACGCCCAGUCCGCCCCGGCCGACGCUCACUCCAUCUCUCCGUACGCCUGCUUCUACGACUACUCCAAGGCCGUCCUGAAGGAGGGCUGGCUGGAUAAGCUGUCGCCUCAGGGAAACUGCGUUUAUCAGAAGAGAUGGGUAAAAUUAGAAGGAGAAAAUCUCUCCUACUACAAUAACGAUAAGGAAAUGUACUCCAAAGGACUCGUUCCCAUCUCGUUGGUGACCAGGGUUCGAGGCUUGGGGGACAACAAGUUUGAAGUCGUGACAUCCCAGAGGACCUUUGUUUUUCGGGUUGAAAAGGAAGGAGACAAGUGCGACUGGAUCAAUGCUCUUCAAAUAGCGAUGAGAACGCAGUCCCCCUUCUCCCAGAAGCCCUCCAAAAGCAGCGCAAACAUGUGUGGCUACGUGGAGCUGCGCGGGUGUAAAGGAAGAGUCUUCGCCUCCCUGAUGGGCUCUAAACUUAGACUCUGUAAAACAGAGCAGGAUUUUAAAUCUGGGCUGGCGAUUACCAUGGUGGACUUGACGUCCGCUCAUGUCAGGGACGUGGAGCGCAGGGGGUUCGAGAUAACCACUCCUUUCAAGAACUUCUGCUUCACAGCGGAAUCGGAAAGGGAGAAGGGGGAGUGGAUUGAAGCGGCCCAGGAAUCGAUAGCCGAAACCCUCUCAGAUUAUGAAGUGGCCGAGAAGAUCUGGUUCAACGAGUCCAACAGGAGCUGCGCGGACUGCCUCUCCCCUCAGCCGGAGUGGGCCUCCAUCAAUCUCGGGGUCGUCAUCUGUAAGAAGUGUGCAGGUCAGCACCGAUUUUUGGGGUCCAGCAUUUCACAAGUUAGGAGCCUCAAGUUAGACAGCAGCAUCUGGAGUAAUGAACUUGUAGAGCUGUACCUGCAUGUGGGCAAUAAAAAAGCCAACAGCUUCUGGGCUGCCAGGCUUACGCCAGAGGACGCGCUGCACCCGGAAGCAUUGCCUGAGCAGAGAGCCAUCCUCCUCCGCAAGAAGUACAAGGACAGGAUAUAUGCGAAGACAUUGGCUGGCUUCACGAGUCAAGAGCAGCUGAACGAGGCUCUGUGUGCGGCGGUGGUCCAGUCGGACGUGCUGGAGACCAUGUCCUUGGUGUUCAGCGGGGCGGAUGUGAUGUGCGCCACGGGGGACCCCACCUACUGCACCCCCUACCUGCUGGCUCAGAGAGCCGGCCAGCGGCUGCAGAUGGAGUUCCUCUACCACAACAAGCUCUCGGACUUCCCCAAACUGGACCCUGUGUAUGAGAAGAGGUUCCCUCGUGACGCGUCCGUGUUCCUGCACGGGUUCCUGUACAAGUCCGUCGCUUCCGCCAAGUCAGCUAUAGAGAGGCGGGGCCGAGAGGAGAUGUCGAGGGUGUGGUGCACUUUAGAGGGAGGUUUCCUGAGCUACUACGAGAGCGAGAAGACGGCUGCAGCCAUGGGCAGGGUGGACGUCAGCGAGGUGGUCUCCAUGGCCGUGAACAGAGAGGAGACCAUGACCGGAAGCGGGGCUGUCUUUACCUUUGAGACUUAUCUUCUGUCGGAGCGCAACUUCCUGUUUGGGACAGAAACACAGGAGGCUCACAGAGACUGGGCACACGCAAUCGCCAAGUGCUUCAUUCCUCCUGCUGUAGUGCACAUGUUGAGCCGAGAUUAUGAUUUGAUCGGACGGUUGUACUAUAAGGAAGGUCAUGACCUGUACCACUGGAGGUUGGGCUGGUUCCUUCUGGAAAACUGCAGUUUGUUCUUCAGCUCUGGAGACGAGGGUGAAGAGGAGGGAGAACUGCAGCUGAAACGCUUACAGGAGCUGACGGUUUCGACACACACUGAAGGUGAAGAGAGGAUGGAGGUCCUGCUGAUGGUGGAGAGUGGAAGGACAGUGUACAUCCAUGGCUACACUAGGUUGGACUUUGCCUUGUGGCACACGGCCAUCCAGCAGGCUGCCGGCACUGACGGCAGAGCUCUGGGAAGCCAGCAGCUCAGCAGAAACAACAUCCCCAUGGUGGUGGACAGCUGCAUCGCUUUCGCCACCCAGUACGGCCUGUGCCAGGAAGGGGUUUAUCAGAAUAGCGGUGACCCGGGGCGUGUGUCUCAGCUGCUGGAAAGCUUCAGGACAGACGCGCGGAGUGUGAAGCUGAGGGUCGGGGAGCACCAGCUGGAGGACGUCACCGACGUGCUCAAGAGGUUUUUAUCCGGGACAGAAGAUGCCUUGCUCACUAAGGAGCUCUACCCAUACUGGGUGUCAGUGUUAGACCUGGACGAUGUAAAGCACAGAGUGGAGAAGUACAGGACAUUGAUCCAGAGUUUGCCCCAUAUCAACAGGACCACCCUGGCUGCUCUACUGCAGCACCUGUACAGGGUCCAGAAAUGCUCACAGAUAAACCAGAUGCAGACUGACCGCCUGGCCUCCGUCUUCUCCUCCUGCCUGUUCCAGACUGAGGGCCAGACCAAAGAGGAAAUCCGUGUAGUAGAGGAUCUGAUCAACAAUUACGUGGAUCUGUUUGAUGUUCACAAAGACCAAGUCAAGCAAAUGGAAAUGGAGAACGGUUUUAUCACCAAAUGGAAAGACACGAUGUUUUCGCCUGCUGGGGACCUGAUAUUUGAGGCGUACCUGGAGAGGAAAGAGCCAGAGAGCUGCUGCAUAAUCAAGGUGUCGCCCACCAUGCGGGCAGACGAGCUAGCCGACGUCGUGCUGGAGAUGCGGAACGUCACAGCGGAUAGAGCUGACCUGUGGACCACGUUCGAGGUCAUCGAGAACGGCGAUCUGGAACGUCCAUUACACUACAAAGAGAAGGUUCUAGAACAGGUCCUUGAAUGGGGGAGUUUGGAAGACCCGAGUUCUGCCUUUUUGUUGAUAAAGAAAUUCUGUGGAGCCAAGGUGGCUGACUUCCAUCAAGGUUGCACUAAGGAGAUUACUAAAGGGGAUCAUCUUAAAUUCAAGGACGGGUCCUCCAAACUGCUCUCUGGGCACAAGUUCCAGGACAGGUACGCCAUUCUUCGAGACGGAAAGCUCUGCAUCUACAAGGACAUGAAGAGCUCUAAGGCCGAGAGAGAAGUGUCGGUGAGCUCCGUCAAGUGCUACCUGGGGCUGAAGAGAAGGCUCAAGCCGACCACCAGCUGGGGGUUUACAGUUUACAUGGAAAAACAGCAAUGGUAUCUGUCCUGUGAGACGAAGGAGGCCCAGACCUCAUGGGUAACUGACAUUCUGAGGGCCAAGUUUGGAGAAGACCUCUGGCCUAGCCAGACAGGAGCCCGGCCGCCUGCAGUUCAGAAAAUCACCAGAGGGGGCACACCAACACCAGCACAGAACAAAGCCCCAACUGCAAAACCAAAAAAGAUUAAAGCGAGGGAGCUUGAGUCAGAAAUCUCCAGAAGCGGUGGCGGCCGGGAGCGGCGUGAGCAGAAUGCAGACGGCUCGGUCCAGCACAAGACGGCCUUGCUGAACGCGUGCCUGAAGCAGAGAGAGGCGUCUCCCCACCCCUCCUCCUCCUCCUUCUCCUCCUCCUCCUCUUCCUCCUCCUCGUCGUCCUCCUCGUCGGGCGAGAAGCGGAGGAGCGGGGCCCCGCCCGGGCCCGCGAAAGGGCCCGCGAAAGGGCCCGCGAACGGACAGCAGGCCCUGCAGAGGAAGUCCCCCGCGUUGGGGCGGGAGGUGCAGUUGCCCCCCGGGCUGCUGCACGAGCUCAGCACCGUGCUCAGUAAGACAGGGCGGAGGCCCAGAGAGGAGAAUGACUGAGAGAGGGAGGUAGAGAAAGAGAGAUGUGGAGUGAGAGAAAGAGAUAGGAGGGAGAGAGAGAGAGAUAGGGGAGAGAGAAAGGCAGAUAGAGAGAGAGGUAGAGAGAGAGAGAGAGUCACAGAAAGAGAUGUGGAGUGAGAGAAAGAAAAUAGAGAGAAAGAGGUAGAGAGAGACAGAGAGAGAUGAAGAGGGAGAUGGGAGAGAGAUGGAUAAGGGGGGUUCAUUCAUGUUCACCUCAGAAUGCCCAGCCGUCUCCUGAAUUUUUAAGUGGAAACUGUACACAGCAGAUAUUACACAGUCAUUUUGGUGGUGCAAUGCAGUGUUUGAGGCUUGUCUGGCCUUGGUCUGGUCAUAGAAGGCUGUAUUCUGUAUGCCAUUGUGUGUAUUCGAUGUCUUCCUUUUGGCUGCAACCCAAAAUAAAGAACUGGAUGUGGUGAGGCUUGCCCUGCUCGUCACUCUUCCGACUCUGGUCGACGAGGGCGGGGGCACAGCCGUGAUUGGUGGAAACAGUUCAGCUGCCUUUAACGGAGCUGACUGAAGAGCUGUCUUCAACCGGGAGGCGGUUUUCAAGGGGUCAGGCUGUCGCCGAUGCAGUGUAUUCUCCCAAUGUCACUACAUCGUCACGACCUCAAAGAAAAAAACUGCACUCGCUGUAGUCCAAUCAGAUUCUUGAUGAACUAUUUCAAUUACUGAGCAAAAUGGCUUCAAUCAGUAAAAUCUAAGUUGUUUAGAUUAUUGUGUAUAUCAGUGUACCUUUUUGGCUAUAUGCAUGUCCAUGUACAGUUAUUUUUUUUAUUUUUUAUACUGUGCUGUAUAUUAUGGUAAUUUGAAACCUUUUCCCUGUGGGAUCUUAUUUUAAUUUACACAUGUCCACCUUUUUAAAGGGUUUUAAUUAAAAGUGUAUUUGAUACGUUAUUGGUUGUAUCAUGUGCUUUGCAUGGCGAGCUAUCCCCAAAGGAGGGGUGGGGCUUGUGGGGCCUUUGGCUCUGUUAUUCACUUACAUUACUGCAGUUUAGCCCUGUGCUAUCAAUUAUUCAACCUGCCAGCAUUAAAAGUGGUGGAAAUUCAUUCCACAUAACACAUUUGCCCAAGCUCCAUUUUGUAGUAUCAAAUGUGCAAUUAAAUGUAUCAGUCAACAUUGAAAUAUUAUAUCUUCUUUAAACGAACAAUUUAUCUAUGCAGCGACUGCAUGAUUUAUCAAAACUUUAUAGUCACUGUCAGUGCCAAUGACAACAUAAUAAAAUAUAACUGUCCAAUAUUUCUUUGCUAUUCUAAUGAUUGCAAUUAGUAUAGACAAUUAGUAGUAAUUUGUAUGAUGCAUCUGAAGACAACAGAAUAAUUGUUUUGAUUAUUCAUUAUAGCCUAUUAUGGCGAAUUGAUUGAGGUCUAGAUAAAAGAACAAAGAGCAGCUCAAAAUAAAAUGAGGGGUGAACUGUGUUUCUGGUGUUCUGUGAAUUUCAUAAAAUAAGGCAACUGUUAUUCUGAGACAGGGCAGACCGUGUAACUGGUAAAUUGAGGUCUAAUAAUACAUUACAUUGGAUGGAAUGUG